GUAUACCCGGUGUCACUAAGUGCUACAUGAAACAAGACAAUAAGGUUCAAUACGGCAAUGAUGUGGGCACAUUCGCUCGUAGCAGGGAGUGGGUUUUGGAUACUGAUGGAUGCAAUUUAGAGCAGGUGUUGACCAUGGAGGCAGUAGACAGUACCCUUACCUCCUCCAAUGACAUCGUGGAGAUCCUCAAUGUGUUGGGCAUCGAAGCCUGUAGGAAGGCUUUACUCAAUGAGUUGCGACAAGUGAUCAGUUUCGAUGGCUCGUAA